AUGAGUGCAAAUUACUGGGAAAAUAAUACAACGUGGAGACAUUAUUUUUGCGAAACGUGUGACAAGUCAUUUAAAACGGAUGACGAUUUGCUCCUUCACGAGGCCGAUCAUGAAAUUUGCGGACGAGAUGGAUGCGAAUUCACGGCACAUCCGAAAAUCAUAGCCAAACAUAAGAAAAUGCAACAUGAUUCAGGUCUUUAUAAAAAAAUUGGUAAAUUAUACACGGAAGAAGAAAUAGCAAAAUGGAUAGAAGAAAGGAAAAAGAGAUACCCUUCUAAAAAAGUCAUAGAAGAAAAAAAAGCUUUGGAAGUUGAAAAAAAUAAAAGAGGAGAAAGAAUAAAAGAAGAUAAAUCAAAAUUUAAUAAGGCAUUGAAUAAGAAAAAUAGGAAGAAAACAUUGAAAAAAGUCAAAGAUAAAAAUCGAAAAUCUCGACGUAAUAAUAAUAAAAAAAAAAUGAUUAAUUUAAUUGAAAAAGCUACGAUUGAAGAAACCAAAUCGUUAUUUAGAAAUGGUGUACCUGCAUUUUCUGGAAUAGGAAACGAUGGCGAAUCUUUAAAAAAUGACAUAAUUAAAGAUGAUAUAGAAAUAAGUGACGAAGAAUGGCAAACAAGCGAGAGUAAAACGUGCAACAAGAUAUCGAUAAAUAAUUCUUUAAGUAUUCUUGCUUCUGCUUAUGAUUCUAACGAUGAUGAAACCGACAUGGAAUUACCCCCUGACGAAAAUAAAGAAAAUAACGGAAGUAAUUGCGAGGAGGACGAUGUAGACUUGAAUUGUCUUCCGGAUGAAGUGAAAACAGUCGUGGUGAAAGAUUUACCGGUCGAAGAAGAAAACGAUGCGAAAACGUAUAGUAAUAAAAAUACGAAAUCAUCGAAAAAAUCAAAAAUGUCGAACAUUAAAAAACCAUUGAAUAAAUCAAAUCCGGUUCAAAGAAGAAAUUUAACAUUAUUAGAAAAAUUAUUAAAAAAUGAAAUCAGACAUGAAAGAAAUGCUCGUGAAUUUGAUAACUGUUUGUUAUACUAG